CUCUAUUUAUACCCGUUCAGCCAGACUCGGGAGGCGCGACCAAAGCGCGACCGGCUUCGAUACUCGCUCUACUUGCUUGGGGAUAAUUCACCAUGUCCGGCACGAUAACAUACGCGGCCAAUGAACGCGUCCUCUGCUAUCAUGGACCGCUCAUUUACGAGGCAAAAGUACUUCAAGUGGAAGACUGGGACGCGGCCAACAGCAGAGAUGGGUCCGAAGGUCCUCGUUACUUUGUUCACUAUAAGGGCUGGAAGCAGUCCUGGGACGAAUGGGUACCACCCGCACGUCUCCUGAAAUGGGAAGAGAAGAACAUUCAGCUGCAGAAGAGUUUACAGCAACAGAGCAAAGCAGCGAACGCCAGCGCUGCAAGCUCAACUGCGAAGGCGAAGGCGAGCCUGAAGACAGAGGGGGGUAGAGGUGUGCGUAAGGAGGGGACAAGAGGAACCAAACGCGCUCGAGAAGAGGAUGAGGUUUCUCGAAAGCCGGAGAUGAAGCUGCAGGUGCCAGAGCUCCUCAAAGUUAUCCUUGUUGACGACUGGGAAGCUGUGACAAAGAACAAUCAACUCGUCCCGCUUCCUCGGUCACCCAACGUUGUCGAAUUAUUGCAGCAAUUCCGAGAGCAUGUGCUGGCCAAACCUAAAUCUGAGCAACACUUACGCGAUCCAUCAAUGCUUCUAACGACCAUCGUGUCGGGCUUGACUACCUACUUUGAUCGAGCACUUGGUCAAAACCUCCUAUAUCGCUUCGAACGACCACAAUAUCUUGAACAAAGAAGGCUAUAUGUAACCGGUCCGAAUGUGGUAGUCGGUCAGGAGAAGGAGAUGAGCUCCAUUUAUGGUGGGGAACACCUUCUCAGGAUGUUAGUGAGCCUACCACAAAUGGUAGCAAGCUCUACAAUGGACGCAGAGUCAGUCGGCAUCUUGCGGGACUACGUGAAUGAGCUCAUGCAGUGGAUGGCAGUCGAACGUGACAGGUUAUUUCUCGCAGAAUAUGAGACUGCAAGUGUUGCAUACCAGAACAUUUCCCGAUCUUAGGCUGUCAUUCUCUCGAUAUCUCCAGUAUUCGUUCAGUCUUCUGUAUUGGCCGGUCAUCAUCGACCGAUC